AUGACCAGGCAGCUGAAGGCAACAGGGGCAGUGAAGGUGGGCGCUCAGGGGUUCAAGGCCCUGAACAAAGGGUUCUCUUCUAUGGCCAUGGCAGAAGCAGGUUUUAUCUCCAAAGCUGGCGCCAGUUCUUGUGAAGCCUGCGGCCUGGGCUACUAUGCACCGGAGGCCGGGCUGAGCGAGUGCCUUCCAUGUCAGCUGGGGCAUUCCGCCAAUACCACUGGCAGGAGCACUUGUAGCUCCUGUCCAGCUGGAACUUUUGGCUUCAUGGGCCUAUGCCAGGAGUGCCCUGUGGGCUCCUUCCAAGCAGUGCCAGGGCAAUCAGCGUGCAGAGAGGAUGGCUUGGGACAGCGGAGCCUGUCCAAUGGCACCGUCUUGCCGGGCAAUGUGCCUGGCUUCUAUGCCAUUUGGGCAGUAUCUGAAGAUGAGGCGUUUCGAAGAGCUAGCUUCGAAAUGGAGCCUUGCGUCAAAGAGGAGGCUUGUUUGGCUGAGCGCUGUGGACAAGGUAGCACUGGGCGUCAGUGCUUCGGAGUUCUGGGUGGUUUCAGUGCGGGUGCUUCUGCUCGCUACAAGUGCGUCAGUUGGCAACUGUACAUGGCGAUUGGCAUUGCAAUGGCUGUGCUCUAUCUCGCUGCCUACACGCGUUUCGCGACCGUAUUGGCGACAAGUGAGGAAGCUUCACACCAGCUCUACUUGAUGAUGCUGAAGAUGUUGAUGAAUCACUGUGCGAGCAUGAGCGUCUUAUUGUCGUGCUUUCUGCGUGCCACGAUGCACGGCCCGCUCUUGGAGUCGUUCCUUAGCCUGGUGAUGAUCACAGACGGCGUGCCGCCCUGUGGCAACGAAGUCUUCUCGCUGCACUGCUUGUUGCAACCCUGGCGCACCCAGGAACUGCGGCAAGCUUUUGAUGCCCUGGCGAAUACUUCCCAGGUGGACUACUCUUCGCCAACUCUAGCGGAAGCGCGGGCCACGUUGGCCACUUUCCAUCGCACCACGGAACUGCGGUCCUUGAUCUUUUGGGCUUCGCUUCCCUUGGUCGCUGCACUGCUGCCAUGUUUGCUGCUGCUCAUGUGGCUGCGCAUCUACAUGGCGAGGCAUGCGCAGCACUGGCUGAAAGCAGCAGAAUUUUCCAGCAAGGUGCAUUUUGACGGCCUCGACGUGACCUGCGGCUCCUAUCCCCCUGAGGCCUUGCAGCAGAUCAUGGCCAUCAGCAGCCGAAGGCUGUGGGGCUUGUCUUGGCCACUGAUGCAUUGCAAUGCCUGGGUCCAUUCCACCCCCCCGACCCGAUCCAUGUUGGGGAGCUUUUGUUGCUGCUUAUUAAGCCCGAUCCUCUUCAUCCCCCGCCUUUUCAGCAAACUCGACCUCCUGCGCUUCUGGACCGAGACGGUUCCGCUGCGGACAUGCUUGUUGUACUUCUUCUGGUUUCCCGCCGCAAGACGGUGCUUCAGCACCUUGCACUGUCAGCGACUGGGGGCCGCGGCCGUUCCGAUGCCAGGUACGGUUAUGUACAGCAACGGGGUCUUGGAAUGCGACCUGUCGCAGCCCUUGCUCUUGCUCUCCCUGUUGGCCGGAUCUCUCUGGACGAUGUGGCCAUUCUUUUGCUGGUUUCAGCUGUACCAGCGCAGAAGCAUGGACGCCAGCUUCAGAAGGCCUUACGGGAUCAUGUUGCUGGGCUACAACACCUCCUGCUGGUGGUGGGAGGUGGUGGUCUGCUUGCAGAAGUUCCUCUUCAUCGUGAUUGAGGCAGUCCCUUUCUCUGCAGUGCAAGAGUGCUUCCUCAUUGUUUGUGUUUCUUUGGCCGCCAUGCUGUGCCACGUGACAUGGCGGCCGUUCGAUCAUCGCUGGUUCGAUCUCUUGAUUCGACUGGAAAUCAAGCAUUUGCUGGUUCUGCUGUGUUCUGCCUUCCUUUGUAUGAUCUCCUUGCAGAACUGGCUGUUACCUGAGACGACGGUCAUCCUCAUGGCCAGCCUGCAGGGAAUCUACGUGCUAACCUUGCUGUUAUCCUUCGGACACCUCAAGCUGUUGAGCACUGAAACUUCCAGUCUGAAGCACUGGGAAAAAGGUUGCCUGAAGCGAUUCCUGAAAUUUCUGCUGGCCUAUAAGCGGUGGUACAAUGACAGUGAGCCCUACAUAGCCUAUGACAAUUAUCCUUGUCUUCCUGGCUGCGGAGACCGGGUACGGGUGAAAUCAGCUAGUGGUGCUACAGAUGAGCUGUUCGCAGCUAAGAGCACUCCUACUGUGCUCCUUUCGGUGAGAAUUAAAGUGCAUCGCUAUGUUUCGGUGCUAGCCAAUGUGGGUGGUCAAUGCACCCUCCCACACCUGCCCAUUGGAAGGCAACUAGAGGCAGCUGGACAGGAGUCCCAUGCACAGGUGCGCUGCAAGCUGUCCGACGUGCCACGGCAUCUGCAAAAAUGCAGCUUCGUCUCCUCAGUGGAGCAACGUGAGGUCACCAGGGAGUUGCUCUUCACCGUGGCUGCCCUCGCGAAGGACUCCGCCACGAUGAGCUCUUUCCUGCUGGACUUCGUGGUCCGUGCUGCCUUUCUGAUGGCCGCGGACCUUCGCGAGCGCCACAGCGAGGCGGAUGAGCUGCCGCAGGAGGUGGACAAACACGCUUGGCAGGAAGCCAACCGAAAGCGAGACCUGCUGGUCAUCGCCAGUAUGGCGGAGGAGCAGCGGCAGCGGGACCUGCUGUAUGGCAAAGCGACUCGUGGAGGCCCAUCGAUCCAAAAGGAUCUCGAGCUCGAGGAGGAGGCCAUCUCUGGGUGGGGCUUGCAGCUCUUGCAGGACGCUGUCGCAGAGACCGAUCAGUCGGUCGCGAUGACCGACGCAGGUCAUGGUCGCCGGCCGGAGAUCGGGGAAGCCGUGGCCGUGGUUCACCAAAAGGUCUACCGCAUGUUCUCCCCCACCAUUUUUCGCAGGGGCUGCACAUUGCAAGAGUUGAAAGCUUCGAUGCUGCUACUGCGAAACACACCGCGGGAUGAACUGCAACAAUGGUUGGACUUCUUCGAGAAAGUUUGGUUCCUGGAGUUUUUGGACAGUGACAAGGAGAUUCACCUCAUGUCCGGCACUCGUUUGGAACAAGGUGUUCACGCAGACGCCAUGGAGAUUUUGAAGGCUUUCCGAAGGCCUCGCAGGGUGACGCAGAAUGCGUUGGGAGAGCCAGUGCAGGAUGGCAUGGACGAGAACAACAUCAAGGUCUACUUGAAGUGGGUUCGUUUCGUCUUGUACCACUACUGCGGUGGAAUCCAAGCAGUGGAUUUGGGUGACGUCAUGCGCACUCGUCUUUCGAGGCCUUCUCGGUUUGUGAUCCAAAAUCAGAUGGAGAAAGUGCACGAAGAGGUAGUCGUCUCGGUGGAUGAAGAUGCCUUGCAGCGGGUGGAGAAAGGCCUCGAGGCCGCCCUUGCCGAGGGCCUGGGCCUGGAACCGGCCCAGACAGCGCUGGAACGCCUGGAACGAGGAGUCGACCGGGCCUUGUCGCUGGAUGAGAGCGCAGAUGAGAUCAGCUUGUAG